ACAUGCAAUGCAAACUUGAGAUAUAGGCCGUCUCUUGCACACUGCAGACACAAAUAUCAGUCCGAGAAACGUUUUCAAUUCAAUUCAAUUCCGCCUCCAAAUUCCCAAUUCCUCUCCAUCAUUUUAUUUCUCUUUUAUCCAAUUGGAUUCCCCCAAAUAAUAAAACCCUAAUUUUAAUAACAAACCCUAGAUUCCUUUCCCUUCGUUUUAUUUAAUCAGAAUAAACUCAAUGAUAUUGCAUAUGCAGAUCCAAUAAGGAUUGAAGCAAAAGGGUCUGAAUUAAAAUGGCGGAGUUAGGGCAACAAACUGUGGAAUUCUCCAGUCUUGUUAGUCGAGCUGCGGAGGAGUCCUAUCUUUCAUUAAAAGAAUUGGUUGAGAAAUCUAAAUCCACUGAGCAAUCUGAUUCUGAUAAAAAGAUUAAUCUUUUGAAGUUUCUGGUUCAAACCCAGCAACGUAUGCUUAGACUUAAUGUUCUUGCUAAGUGGUGCCAACAGGCUCCUUUGAUACAAUAUUGCCAGCAACUUCAAUCUACCUUAUCAAGUCAUGAAACAUGUUUUACACAAGCUGCGGAUUCAUUGUUUUUCAUGCAUGAGGGGCUGCAGCAAGCCCGUGCCCCCAUCUAUGAUGUCCCAUCUGCUAUAGAGAUCCUUCUUGCUGGAUCUUAUCAGCGUUUACCAAAAUGUAUUGAAGAUGUGGGUCAGCAGAGCACAUUAUCAGAGGAGCAGCAGAAACCUGCUCUUAAAAAGUUGGACACACUUGUGCGUACUAAAUUACUUGAAGUUACGCUACCCAAGGAAAUUUCCGAGGUCAAAGUUUCUGAUGGUACUGCUUUGCUUCGUGUGGAUGGUGAAUUUAAGGUGUUAGUUACACUUGGUUACCGAGGUCAUCUAUCAAUGUGGAGGAUAUUGCAUUUGGAAUUGCUUGUUGGUGAGAGGAGUGGACUUGUGAAAGUGGAAGAGUCCCGACGGCAUGUUCUUGGAGAUGAGUUAGAGCGCAGAAUGGCUGCAGCAGAUAAUCCAUUUGUGAUUUUGUAUACAGUUCUACAUGAGCUUUGCAUUUCACUCAUUAUGGACACAGUGAUACGACAAGUGCAAUCACUCCGCCAAGGAAGGUGGAAAGAUGCAAUUCGGUUUGAGCUCAUAUCCGACGGCAGUAGUGGUUCUACACAAGUAAAUCAAGAUGGGGAUGCUGAUUCUGUUGGUCUACGAACACCUGGUUUGAAAAUUUUGUAUUGGUUAGAUAUGGAGAAGAACUCUGGUACAUCUGAUUCAGGAACAUGCCCAUUUAUAAAAAUUGAACCUGGACCAGAUUUACAGAUAAAGUGUGUUCAUAGUUCCUUUGUUAUAGAUCCAAUAAGUGGCGGUGAGGCGGAAUUUUAUAUUGACCUGGGCUGUAUUGAUGUUGAAAAGCUGUUGUUAAGAUCAAUAAGGUGUAAUAGAUAUACGCGCCUGCUUGAAAUUCAGAAAGAGUUGGGGAAAAAUGCUCAAAUAUAUCGUGCUGCAGGUGAUGUUAUACUUCAGUCGUGCAUGAAUGAACCUGGUAUUGACCAAAAAAAGGAAAUUAAGAUCGUUGAUGGAGAAUUUGAGGGGCAGGAAGUACUGCGUGUGCGUGCAUAUGGAUCAUCUUUUUUUACACUAGGGAUUAACAUAAGGAAUGGUCGCUUUCUUCUCAAAUCGUCACAAAAUAUACUCCCACGUGAAACACUGAUAGAAUAUGAAGAAGGUUUAAAUCAGGGGAGUAUGGGUGCUGCUGAUGUUUUUAUCAACUUGAGAACAAAAAGCAUUUUGCAUUUAUUUGCUUCUAUUGGCAGAUUUUUAGGCCUUCAGGUAUAUGAACAUGGCUUCACCAUUGUUAAAGUGCCUAAAAAUCUAUUGAAUGGCUCAACCACAUUGCUAAUGGGAUUUCCUGAUUGUGGGAGUUCAUACUUUUUGCUGGUGCAAUUAGAUAAAGACUUUAAACCUCUGUUCAAGCUACUAGAGACGCAGUCAGAUCCAUCUGGGAAAGGUCAUUCUUCUAAUGACUCAAAUAAUGUCAUGCGUAUCAAGAAAAUUGAUGUUAGCCAGAUGCAGAUGCUUGAAGAUGAGUUGAAUUUGAGUCUUCUUAACUGGGGAAAAUUGGAUGGCUUUUUAGCUAAUGGCGGGGGUUCCAUUAAGACUUCUGAGCAUGGCCUUCUUUCUGAGUUCAGUCUUGAGGGUCCUGUGCAAAUUGCAGGACAUCCUCCCUCCAGUUUUUCCUCUGUUGUUGACGAGGUAUUUGAACUUGAGAAAGGGUUAUCUGCACCUUCAUACCCGCUUCAGAAUCUUUCUUCAUUUGAUGUGCCUCCUGCUCGUUUUGGCUCAGUUCCAAUGAGUUUGCAUACUAUGAAAGCUGGUACUUCCUCUCCCAAAUGGGAAGGUGGUGUUCAGGUGUCUCAGAUGAACAAUGCUGUAAAAGUUUCAAGCACACCUCCCCAUUAUAAUGGUUCCAUAUAUCCAUCAAAUAACCUGAAAGUCCCUAUACAUUCCAAUUCAUAUAGUUCACUAUCUUCUGGUCUAGGGAGGAUGACAACAGCAAAAAAACUAUCAGCUUCAAAAUCUGAUCAGGAUUUGGCUUCUCUUAGAUCUCCACAUUCUAUUGAGGUUGGUUCUAAUUCUUCAGUGGAUGACGAUCAUCUGAGACUGCUAAAUGACACAUCAAUGGAUGCUUUAUCAGGAAGUAGGCCUGCUCGAUUACUAUCUCCACCCCAAUCAAAUGGCUCUCGAGUCUCAACACCAGGUGUGAAACCUAGUGGACUAAGAAGCUCUCCUACAGGGCCUCUGGGUGGAUCAGCUAGAGUCACUGGAUCAAGCUCAUUAGCUACCACUCCCGUAUCCCGGGAUGCAGGAGAUGCUGCAAUUUGUCAUUUUUCUGAUCAUGAUGUUUCUAAACUGCACAAAAAUCCUAGAAAACGGGCACUGUCAGAUAUGUUUAAUUUAAUUCCAUCACUUCAAGAUAUAGAUAGCAAGGUGAGAUUGUCUAAGCGACGAAGAACCUUGGAAUCAGCACACUUCCAGCAGCACUCAGCAAAAAUGGUUAUAUCACCAGAAAUAACCUAUAAAAAUCAAGGAUAUAAUUAUGGCAGCCUUAUAUCUGAAGCAAAUAAUGGGAAGGCAGCUUGUAGCAUUUAUGUUUCUGCUCUUCUUCAUGUGGUUAGGCAUUGUUCACUGUGCAUUAAGCAUGCCAGACUGACUAGCCAGAUGGAGGCAUUGGAAAUUCCAUAUGUCGAAGAGGUUGGUCUGAGAAAUGCAUCCUCAAAUAUAUGGUUCCGACUUCCAUUUGCUCGAGGUGAUUCAUGGCAGCACAUAUGCUUGCGGCUUGGCAGACCUGGAAGCAUGUAUUGGGAUGUCAAAAUUAAUGACCAGCAUUUCCGAGAUCUAUGGGAGCUUCAGAAGGGAAGUAGGAGCACACCAUGGGGAUCCGGGGUUCGUAUUGCCAAUACUUCUGAUGUAGAUUCUCAUAUCAGAUAUGACUCAGAAGGCGUUGUUCUGAGUUAUCAGUCUGUUGAGGCUGAUAGUAUAAAGAAGCUAGUGGCAGAUAUUCGGAGACUUUCAAAUGCUAGAAUGUUUGCUCUUGGAAUGCGUAAGCUGCUUGGAGUAAGAUCAGAUGAGAAAUCAGACGAAAGUAGUGCAAAUUCAGAUGUUAAACUGUCAGUUGGAGGAAAAAGUGGUGUUGAGGCUGCUGAUAAAUUUUCUGAACAGAUGAGAAAGGCUUUCAAAAUUGAGCAAGCUGGACUUAUGAGUUUGUGGUUUAGUUUUGGUUCUGGUGUCCUGGCUCGUUUUGUUGUUGAGUGGGAAUCAGGUAAAGAGGGAUGCACAAUGCAUGUUUCUCCAGAUCAACUAUGGCCGCAUACCAAGUUCCUGGAAGAUUUUAUAAAUGGUGGCGAGGUUGCAUCCCUUUUGGAUUGCAUUCGCCUCACUGCCGGUCCCUUGCAUGCCUUAGCAGCAGCUACUCGGCCUGCACGAGCUGGUCCUGCUCCAGGGGUCCCUGGGGGAACAUCAGCUAUUGCUUCUAUGCCAAAACAGGCGGCCUAUGCACAAUCCCAGGGGGUUAUGCCUAGCAAUUCAACAAAUAAUGUUACUCAGCCAAUUAGUACUGUAGGGAACACUGUUGUGUCUACUAGUACUGGCCCUCUUGGAAAUCAUAGUCUUCAUAGUGCUGCUAUGUUAGCAGCUGGUGGUCGAGGGGGCCCCGGAAUUGUUCCUAGCUCACUAUUGCCGAUUGAUGUUUCUGUUGUGCUACGUGGUCCAUACUGGAUACGAGUUAUAUAUCGCAAGAAUUUUUCGGUUGAUAUGCGCUGCUAUGCUGGGGAUCAGGUUUGGUUGCAACCAGCAACACCACCAAAGGAAGGGCCAAAAGUUGGAGGAUCACUGCCUUGUCCGCAAUUUCGUCCUUUUAUAAUGGAGCAUGUUGCUCAAGAGUUGAAUGGAUUAGAUCCAGGCUUUGCUGGUGCUCAGCAGACAGUUGGGCUAGCAACUUCUGCCCCCACAAACCCACAUUCAGGUUCUCAAUUAGCAGUUACUAAUGGAACUAGAGUAAACAUGGCUAGUUCUGCAGCAUUGUCUAGAGCAGCAAACCAGGUUGCUGCAUUAAACCGUGUUGGAAAUGCUGUUCCAGGAUCUCCAAGUUUAUCUGUUGUGAGUUCCGGAAUGCCUAUCCGCAGACCCCCGGGUGCUGGUGUCCCUGCUCAUGUGAGAGGCGAGUUAAAUACGGCCAUUAUAGGUCUUGGCGAUGAUGGAGGGUAUGGAGGUGGCUGGGUUCCUCUAGUUGCCCUUAAGAAGGUUCUUAGAGGUAUUCUUAAGUACCUCGGGGUACUUUGGUUAUUUGCGCAGCUACCCGAUCUUCUGAAAGAGAUCCUGGGGUCAAUUUUAAAGGACAAUGAAGGUGCACUGUUGAAUUUGGACCAGGAACAGCCGGCCCUCCGCUUCUUUGUUGGGGGUUAUGUUUUCGCUGUAAGCGUCCACAGAGUUCAGCUUCUUCUUCAGGUACUCAGUGUCAAACGCUUUCACCAUCAACAGCAACAACAGCAACAAAACUCUGUUACUUCUCAAGAAGAACUAACUCAAUCUGAAAUAGGAGAGAUUUGUGACUAUUUUAGUCGCCGUGUAGCUUCUGAGCCCUAUGAUGCGUCUCGUGUUGCAUCAUUCAUUACCCUUCUCACUUUGCCUAUAUCAGUUUUAAGAGAAUUUCUGAAACUGAUUGCAUGGAAGAAAGGAUUGACUCAGGUGCAAGGUGGCGAAAUAGCUCCCGGACAAAAACCUCGGAUUGAAUUAUGCCUUGAAAAUCAUGUCGGAUUGUGUGAAAAAGACAACUCGGAAAAUUCAUCUGCAGCUAAAAGCAAUAUACAUUAUGAUCGCCCCCAUAAUUGUGUUGAUUUUGCCCUGACCGUUGUUCUUGAUCCUGCACAUAUACCCCAUGUUAAUGCUGCUGGCGGUGCUGCUUGGUUGUCCCAUUGUGUCUCAGUGAGGUUGAGAUAUUCAUUUGGUGAUAACACCAGUGUGAGUUUCCUUGGCAUGGAAGGAAGCCAUGGAGGCCGAGCUUGCUGGUUAAGAGUUGACGAUUGGGAAAAAUGUAAGCAGAAGGUUAUUCGGACUGUGGAAGUAAAUGGAUCUACGGCGGGGGAUGUUGCUCAAGGAAGAUUGAAAAUGGUCGCAGAUAGCGUGCAGAAAACGUUACACGUGUGCCUCCAAGGGUUGCGAGACGGUGGAGUUACAGGCAACUCGGGGGCAACGUGACCGUAGGUCCAUCUUUGAUACAAUUGACUUUACAUUCUUUCAUUUCAGGUUGUGUAGAUUUUGCCUUUGGCCUGUUUAUUUUAGGUUCUACAAUUUUGGAGGUGGAGAAACUUGCAGACAGCGAUGCCCGUAGCAAAGCAAAUGAUGGUCAGAAUACGUCUCAAAACGGUUUGUUUUGAGACUGACAAUGAAAAGCUUUUUUUUUAUUAUCUAAUCUAAUCUUAUAAGCAUGUACAAUAAUUCUGAAGAUGAGGGUAUUGUAGCUGCGAGUUUCUCUUUGUACAGUUAUCACAGAGUGGAUAAAUGUUGUAAAAUAGCAAAAAAUAGGAAAAAAAGAAACUAGGAUGCCCCAAUUUGUUAACUCUUUCAUAUUAUUUUCUGCCAUUCAAAUUUGUCUUAUAAACAAUUAGGCCAUUUACAUCUAAA